AUUCCACUGCUGCACCCAACUCUUUCUCACGACAACCAACACUACAACAAGCAUCCACCGCCACCAUGGGCCUCCCCCGCUCCCUCGCCUUCCUCCGCACCGGCACCGGCGGCCAGUCGCUCGAGGUCUUCAUCGACCCCCUCUGCCCCCCCUCGCGCAACAUUACCCGCUCGCUCGCCGCCAACGUCGUGCCGCAUAUCACCAAGGGCGGCAAGUACGAGGGCAAGCUGCAGCUCAUUACGCGGAUUUACCCGCAGCCGUUCCACUACCUCUCGGCGUACCCGUCCGAGGCGCUCCUCGUCUUUGGCCAGGAGCACCCCGACCUGUUCUGGGACUACCUUCUUGCUACCUACGACAUCCAGGAAAACUUCUUCAACCGCCUCGUGCUCGACAAGACGCCGCGCGAAGUCACUGCCGCCUACGUCGACGUCGCGGUCCAGGUCAUCCAGAAGGCGGGCAAGCUGGGCGCCGAGAGCGUCGAGGUCGCCAAGGAGGCGCUCACGUCCAAGCUCGCCGUGCACGAGAAGAACAAUGGCGGGUCGAGCGCCUUCCUCGACUUCAAGUUCUUGAUCCGCGAGGGCCGCCAGAACGGUAUCCACGUCACCCCGACCGCGCUCCUCAACGGCCUCGAGGACCCCGCCGUCUCGAGCGGCUGGGGCAAGGCCGAGUGGGAGCAGUACCUUGCCGACAAGCUCGACUAGGAUGAGGGCGGCGGCAGCGGCUUGGGCGCCAAGCCGCGGUUGUAGUACACGCCGCGUUGUAGUACGGUGAUAACCAGAGUCUAUAAGAUGCAUCAUCAAAAGUCGUCAA